UUUGUCAUUCUAGCCGCCUGCUGCCUCCGCAGCGUCCCUCUCACACUCUCCGUGCUAACUGCCAGCGCUUGAGACAGACAGGGUGCGCAAAGCAGAAGGAUUAGUUGGGACCAGCCUUGGCGACCCCAUGGCAUCCCCCAGAACCAUAACUGUCGUGGCCCUCUCAGUGGCCCUGGGACUCUUCUUUGUUUUCAUGGGGACUAUCAAGUUGACACCCAGGCUCAGCAAGGAUGCCUACAACGAGAUGAAACGUGCUUACAAGACGUAUGUUCGAGCCCUCCCUCUGCUGAAGAAAAUGGGGAUCAAUUCUAUUCUCCUCCGCAAAAGCAUUGGGACUCUUGAGGUGGCCUGUGGCAUUGUCAUGACCCUUGUGCCUGGACGUCCCAAAGAUGUGGCCAACUUCUUCCUGCUCUUGCUGGUGUUGGUUGUGCUCUUCUUUCACCAGCUAGUCGGUGAUCCUCUCAAACGCUACGCCCAUGCCCUGGUGUUUGGAAUCCUGCUCACCUGCCGCCUGCUGAUUGCACGCAAGCCUGAGGACCGGUCUUCUGAGAAGAAGUCCACGCCCCAGGGAAAGGCAGGAAAUGCUGGGAAAGCUGAGGAGCAACCCUCUUUAUAUGAGAAAGCCCCUCAGGGCAAAAUGAAGUUGUCAUAGGAAAGCAGAAGUACAAAAAGUGGACCUUCCCGGCAGUUGCCUCCGUGACACUCUUGAAGAUAUCAGUGUGUGUUUUACAUUUGAUUUAUUUAUCUUGGGGGAGAGGGAAAAAUAUAAUCUUCAAAUUAAUGGCCCUGUGGUUUGUGUACACCUGUACUCAAAAUGACCUCCCCAUGUAGAUAUAUGUGCACCACCUUUAGUCAUUUUGGGGCAACUCUCACAUCUUGCUGCAUGUACAUGUAUAUGGCUAACUAUCGAAGUGUUUUUUUUUUUUUUUUUUGAGA